AUGAUAAAAUAUCUAAGUAUUUUGUUGAUAACAAGUGUUUUGUUGAUUUAUAUCAAUAAUAAUACACAAGAUAAUAUUACAAACUUGUAAUAAGAAUUUGAGAAUUGGAAAAUAAAGCAUGGAAUACAAUUUCUUGAUGAAGAGAAUUAAUACAGAUUUUUAAUUUUUAAAACAAAUUUAUAGAAAAUAGAAGAACACAAUUCUGAUUAAAGUCAAACUUAUAGAAUGGGAAUAAAUUAAUUUAUGCAUUUAACUUAAGAAUAGUUUGAAUCAUUGUAUUUAAUAAACUUCAAUAAAGAGAAUUCCGUCAGAGAUUAACCAGAAAUUAUUUAAUUAAGAAAUUCAACAUUGAAAGCAUCCAUUGAUUAUAGAAAUUACACAGUUGUUAAGAAUUAAGGAUAAUGUAAUUCAGGAUGGGCAUUUUCUGUAACAGGUACAAUGGAAGUUUAUUAGAAAAUUUAUUACAAUAAGAAUGUAUCUUUAUCUGAGUAGCAUAUUAUUGAUUGUGAUUAAUUGUCAAGAGGAUGUACUGAUGGUUCUAAUAUUAAUGGAUAUAAAUUUGCUAUAGCUAAUGGUGUUGCAACUGAAAUUGAGUAUCCAUACAUAGGAUAUAAUUAAACUUGUAAGAAAUUAAAUGGUACUUAUCAUGCAGUAAGAUAUUCAUCAGCAGUAGGAGAAUAUAAUAUGAAAUAAGCUCUAAAUAGUCAUCCAGUUUCAGCUGGUUUGGAUGCUUAAAAUUGGUAAUUUUAUUCUUCUGGAAUCUUUUCAAAUUGUGGUAUAACAUUGAAUCAUUAUGCUGUUGUGGUUGGGUAUGAAGAGACUGGAAAUUGGAUAGUUAAGAAUUCAUGGGGUUUAGGUUGGGGUGAAAAUGGAUUUAUUCGUAUAAAAUCUGGAAAUACAUGUGGAAUAGUGACAUAUUCCUAUUAAGAUAAGUAUUAAUGA